UUGCUGGAGUCUUGCCCCGAGGCCGAAGUCGCGCUACUGGCACGGGAGGCGUAAGCGACCAAAGCACGGGAGUUUUGCCCUGUUACAUAAGAGGUUAGGUUUCACAAACACGGAAUUUCAAGUUUAAGGACGUAAAGGGAGAGGAUUGUCAUGGCAACUAAAUAUCAACAAUGGUAAGCACCCAGUUUCUGCCGAGUCGAGGAACGUGUCGGAUGGAGAAAUGGUUUAAUGGUAGUAAAUUUUGGUUGUUCGGAAACCAACUGCAGCUACUGCCCAAAAGGACACGCACCUCGUCGAAAGUCAUGGAACGCUACGAGAAAAUAGCUAAAUUGGGCGAAGGAAGUUACGGAAUUGUCUACAAGUGUCGCAAUCGAGACACUGGGGAAAUAGUGGCGAUAAAAAAAUUUGCGGAAAGUGAGGACGACCCCCUGAUCCGCAAAAUAGCCCUUCGAGAAAUAAGACUUCUAAAAAAUUUGAAACACCCAAACCUCGUGAAUCUUUUGGAAGUAUUCCGGCGGAAGCGCCGCCUCCACUUGGUGUUCGAAUUCUGCGAACGCACAGUUUUGAACGAGUUGGAGCGCUACCCCCGUGGGUGCCCCCAUUUGCUCACCCAGCAGAUCAUCUGGCAGACGCUCCAGGCCGUGGGGUACUGCCACCACCAUGGGUGCAUCCACCGGGACAUCAAACCGGAGAACAUCCUCCUGACCGGCUCCGGGGUGGUGAAGCUGUGCGACUUCGGGUUCGCCCGGAUGCUGAGUCCGGGUGAGAACUACACGGAUUAUGUGGCGACGCGGUGGUACCGCGCCCCGGAGCUGCUGGUCGGGGAUACGCAAUACGGGACUCCGGUGGACGUCUGGGCGAUAGGUUGCGUUCUGGCCGAGUUGGUGAAGGGGGAGGCGCUCUGGCCGGGGAAAUCCGAUGUGGAUCAGCUCUACCUUAUCAGAUCGACCGUUGGUGACCUUUUGCAAAGGCACAUGCAAGCGUUCAAGAAUAACGAUUUUUUCCAAGGGGUUAUUCUGCCAGUGCCCCAGCAAAUGGUGCCGCUGGAGGUCAAGUUGCCCAUGUGCAACCACACCACGAUAGAUUUUUUAAAAAAAUGUUUGGAUAAAGACCCGCUGAAGCGGUGGACCUGUGAUAUGCUCCUCACACACGAUUAUUUCGAAAAUUUCAAUUUCAAAGUUGACGAAUCCGACUCGCAAAAUUUUGAGAAGAUGUCAAGGGACAGGUCACGAAAUUCACUCAAUGGUACCUCUUUACCUCAAUUAACGAUGAAUAAACCGACAAGUCCGGCGAAACAAAAUAAUAAUCAACGAUCCAAAAUUGACCAUUUACCGACUAUUUGACACAAACUUUCGUUUUUCUCAAAGUAAAUCGAUUUUAUCACAGCAAAUCUCUAUUUUGUGUAUUUGGAAAUUAAAGUGUUAUAUUUUAGGGGUAGAAUUAAGCGUAAUAGUUGCAUUGUAUUUGUUGAGAAAAAUAAAAAAUUGAGGCAUUU